AACGAAUGACAAGAACGAAGAAGGUCAGCAAGCGUCGAACGUACUUUCUGUUAUAAUAAUUUAUCAUCAAAAGGCAUAUAUGUACGACUGUUAGCCAUUAUAUUAGCAACCGAUUUCCGACCCAAGACGGGAUUACGUUUGACGGUAAGACAGUCUUGGAUCAAAUCAUGGCAAGCGGUUUUUCUUCAGAGAGUCCGGUGAACAUCCUUCUCAUAGGCCUCGGAUCGAUAGGUUCUAUCUACGCCUAUCUUCUUGAGAAGUCAGGAAAAGCCAGGGUCACUGCAGUGGCUAGGUCUAACUAUACGCUCUACACAACAAGUGGCGUGACGCUCGAUACUGAAAGAUUCGGCGAGAUCAAUAACUGGAAGCCUUACAGAGUCUUCAAAACUCAGCAAGAAGCGCUCAAUGAUGGUACUUUUUACGCCUCCUGCAUUGUGUGUACAAAGUGUUUGCCCGAUGUAUUACCCAAUGUCAAGCUCCUCGAGGAUACAUUAGCUAGUGAUCAAAUUGGAUCUUAUCACUUGAUGCAGAAUGGACUUGGAAUAGAAGAGGAUUUGUUUACCGCUCUUGAAGGUAGAGAAAUCCCUAUCCUGUCCAGCUGUGCUUGGAUUGGUAUUAUGACUUCCUCAGACGGUCAAGUUGUGUCAUGGAGUGGCCAAGACAUGCUUGUCACUGGUAUUUACCCACCCGCCUCUCCAGAGACCGGGAAUCAAACCCGGGCGUUCUCUUUGAAAGAGGCCGAAGCUCUCAACCUUUGGGUUGAUUUGCUCAGAGCUGGUGAAGGAAUUGUACAUCCUACUGAGAGAAUAGACUCCAUUCGCUUCUCAAAGAACGUGUGGAACUGUGCCUGGGCCUCCGUGCAGGGCCUUGUUCGAGCGACGGCUCUUGCAUUUGCACCUUUAUCCUUGGAGCAAGCCGCUGUGGUGAAGGCUUACUUUCGAGAAAUUGUCGCUGUCGGAUUCGAAGCUGGAUUGCUGUGGAAGGGCAUGAUUCAAUAUCCCUCGGGGGAGAUCAGUGCAGGCCUAGAGGAUGUUGUCAAUUAUUGCUGGGACAAGAUUACUGGAAUGGCUGUUGCCCGCGGUGUAGGACACAAGUACUCAUUACUCAUUGAUGUCGAAACGGGCCGUCCUUUCGAGCUUGAGGUUAUCGUCGGCUCUGUUCUGCGUCUCGCUCAGAAACAUAACAUUGAGACCCCGCGACUCGAAUAUACCUAUGUCUUGCUUAAGGUUUUACAGGGAGAAAUUCUAAGGGAGAAACGGUUGAGGGUGAAAGAAAGGGCUGUAGUCGCGUAGGAGCAAUUUCUAACCCCGUAUCACCACGCGAAAGCGAUCAACCUUAGACUUUGGAAAAGGAGAACAAAUAAAUCGCUAGAAAGAAUUACAUCAGAUAAUUGCAACAUUCUAUGCGCAAGUUUUAACGUAGUGAUAAUUUCCAGGUCUUUUUUAUUGGUUCUACUUAUGCUGUUAAAAAGCCUUUCCUUUGCAAAAGUGACCCUUUGUAUCUUCUGCCUGUUCUCAAA